UGGGAGGCUCAUUUUGCCUUCAGCAUAGUGAGCAUCACAGGCACCUCAGUACGAUUCGCUGCUGCCAUUGCAUCUCCUCUCCUUGGCCCAUGCUGAUACUGCUCACUUGCUGGGAUCACUGGGACCAACUACCUGGGUUACACAGUUCUGUUCCCCUUUUCCUACAUUGACUUUCCAAACCUCUGCAAAAAGUCAUCGCAUCAGGAGUGGUACCACCUCACUAGAG